CUGCACACGAUGCUGCACCCCAAACCAGGGCACCCCGCUCGAACUCAUCUGACUGUACCGCACUGGUGCAAACAGGUGGAAAAGUGCACAGCUCUCUGACAAAUUUAAAUUCCACAUUUUUGGUUUGUUGUUCAAACGUGGAAUAUUUUCUGUGCGUCGACAUGAAGCCAGCAGUGGCUCUGCUGGGCCUCGUCCUGCUGCUGGACACAACCUUUGCUGCAGAAAAGUCGUGUGCUGGUCGCUGUGGCUCCUUCGAUCCACAGAGUAAAUGUCAGUGUGACUCCAUGUGUGUGUACUAUGGAAGCUGCUGUGAAGACUUUGACACCGUCUGCCCCAAAAAAGUUGCUCGUGGUGACACCUUCGAGGAAGGAGAGGAUGUGACGGUAACGGCAACAACUCCUGCUACAACUGUCGCGCCAACGUUCAACACAGCUGCCUCUCUCCCAUUCAGUACCAUACCUGGGCCCACACCUGCAGACCCUGAUGCAGCGUCCUGCAGCGGUCGACCUUUUGAUGCUUUUCUGCAGCUGAAGAAUGGGUCGACCUAUGCAUUCAGAGGUGAAUAUUUUUUUGAGUUGGAUGACAAGUCCAUUCUUCCUGGUUACCCCAAACUCAUCCAGGAUGUGUGGGGAAUCAAAGGACCCAUUGACGCCGCCUUCACACGUAUCAACUGCCAGGGAAAAUCCUACAUCUUUAAGGGGAACAAAUACUGGAGGUUUGACGGUGACGUCUUGGAUGAGGACUAUCCGCGGGACAUUUCAGUCGGCUUUGACGGCAUACCAGAUGACAUUAAUGCUGCAUUCGCUGUGCCAGCACCAAGCCACCGUGGCAGAGAGAAAGCCUACUUUUUCAAAGAGGACAAGUAUUACCAGUAUGAGUUCAAGCACCAGCCUUCCCAUGAGGAGUGUGUCAGCAUGAGCAGGUCCUCGCCGUCUGUGCUGUUCACGCGAUACACAGACCUGUUCUGCGACCAGUCGUGGGAGGAUCUCUUCACAGAGCUCUUCGGAAGCUCCUUCAGCAGUCAUGACACAGGCCCUCGUCUCAUCAGUAGAGACUGGCAGGGCAUCAGGCCUCCUGUAGAUGCUGCUAUGGUAGGACGAGUGUACCUCAGUCCCAAGCCCACGCCAUCCUCUCCUCCACCCACGAGGAGGCGCGGCAGUAAGAGGAGGAGGCCCAGCAAGAGACGUGGACAGCGAGGACGCCAGAGUCGCUCCCUGGUUUUUGAUGAUUUGUGGGGUUUUGACGACUGGCUCGACUACAGCGACUACGGCACCAUCACUGAUGAGAGCACCACACCAGAGUACACGAGCACUCCUGUUCAAAAUGUGUAUUUCUUCAAGAGAGAUAAAUACUAUAGAGUCAAUCUGCAGGCAAAACGUGUGGACACUGUCAACCCUCCAUACCCACGAUCCAUUGCAAAAUACUGGUUGGGCUGCAAGCAAGAGGCAACACCCGAUGAAUCAAGGGCAGAGAAGAGAUAAGCCAGCUGACUAUGUCUGUAGUUUGGAGGAAAUAAAGAGAAAUCCACUCUUUGUUUUAAGUACAUCUCUGUCUGACAAGUCUUAAAGUAAUUACAGUAUGAACCUAUAAUUACCUCUGUUAUUUUUGUUGUUGAAGCAUUUUAUUCAUGAUAAAUACCCUUCUCAUGCCCCCUCUAUAUUUAGGUGGAUACACUGCAAAACUAAAUAAACUUCAGACUUAA